CGUGAACUGGCAGUCCUAGAACGAUAUACAAAUUCCUUGUUGGCAUAUUUGUGUGUAAACAAUUAAGGCAGUUUUCAAAAGUGGCUUUUUGUUCGUUUUAAUAUUUUUUUUAUAAGCAAGGAAACUUGCUUUAAAAAUAGAGUAAACGAAAAAGUAGGUAGUAGACGUGUUUGUGCGUGUGACCUUGUUGCCAUAUUGGGUGGACGACGAAAAUGUCUUUAAUUUACAGCCGAAGAAGACGCAGCCAGAGCUUUGGAAGUUAUGGCUCUUACAAAGAACAACUGGCAAUGGAGAAACCCGUACCUGCCAAGCCGGAAUUAAUCGAAGGCUACGCUCACAUUUGUUUCGACGAGCAGGAACUUUGGUUUCGCGGGAUUUUGUCCACCGCUGACGGACAAUCUUCGUAUAACCUAACGGGCAAAAGAACUUGUCGUGGAAUGACGGAAGAAAACGAUGAUGUCACUGAUGGUCCAGAUGUUGUUCGCGACUUUCCAUCGCCACUGCGUACACCGAAUUCCGGAUCAGUGGAAAUAAGGUCACAAGACGUGAGCGCCGCUUCCGGCUGCAUCAGUCGACAGGAUUCGUUGGAUAGUCGAGCGGAACGCGAACUUCAAUUUAUUUUAGAAGAAUUGCCUAUGUCUCAAAAACAACAAGAUAACAGUCCGCCAGUCCUCGACAGUUGCUGCGGAUCGCAACCAGUUUCACGACCAGGAUCGCCUCCUUCUACUCAACAAAUCGUUCGAGCAUUAGAUAAUUUGCUUAUCUCCAGUCCUACCGUAUGCAGCCUCAGCUCAUACAAUUUGGAUAAUAUGUCGCCUUUCCGCAGCCGGAGCGGUAGCCGUUCACAUCAGCCAACAGAAACAGUAUCAGUGGUGUUUGACGUCACCAUUUCCGACUUGGAAGAAGGAUCGCAGCACUCCAUCCGUAGCGUGUCCGGCCGUAAAGGCAAUAGUCUGACUCUGCGUAACAAGCAACUCUGUUUCGUGACUGAGCGAUCGUUUUGGGGUCAACGGGCGGAUAUGAUCAUUCAAAAACAAUUAGCCGCUCCUGACAUGGUUGGACAGGGCUAUCACGUUUUUGCAGGUCCAAUGCGUUUCUAUUUUUACAAUGAUUUUACACCAUCAGGCGCUUCCUCUUUGACCAAUUGGUGCUGGUAGGCAAAAAGCAUCGCAAGAUCUGUAUGAUGACAACAUUCAAAAUUGAUGCAUGUCAACAUACAAAGAAAAAUGUUUAGAUAGGCAUUGUUCUAUUUUCUUUAGUCUUAAUUUGAUUUGGAUCUAUUUUUUGCAACUUAGUUGACCCAUGUGAUUGUUACCCGUUAUGUACCCUUUGUGCUAUUUGUAAAUCUUUAGAAAAAAAAAAUUUUUCGUUUUUAUCUGUUGGAGACGUUUCAGUGGGAAGAGAAACUGAAAAAAAUAACUUUUCUUCCUUUCGAAAUAUUUGGUCAAAUCUGUAAGUUUGAUAACUUCGUUUUCUUUUCCCUUCUAAUCUUGAUAUUUGCAUUGAAUACAAACUGAAUAAGUCUAUCACACAUUAUAGGUUACCUGUUAUGGUGCCUUAUUUUGAGCUUAUCUGUUUAUAAAUAAAUGUAUCAGACCACGAACAAACUUGCAGACCUGCUGACUGCUGUAAAUAGGUGCUAGUCUCCAUAUAUUGGUUUAUUUUUAGGCGGGUCAUUAUUGUGUUUUUGUUGCAAUACACUUUAUUCUUCGCUGA